AUGCCGUCCAAGGUGGCCAAGUCAGCCGUUCAGGCUGUCAACGGCAAGGCUUCGACGUCCUCCGCGACACCUUCACAUACGGAACCUACAUCCAAGAGAAGAAAGCAUCGAUCCAAUGGCCAGACCGAUCAAGAGCUAGCUUCAUCGUCCAGCCCGCCCGCACCUCGCAAGAUCGUAUCCCGAAACAGACUCUUCGCACCCUUCCGUGCUCUCGGCCUCAUCAGCAACGAUGUUCCCUUCGCACUUCAGACCCGGUUCGGCGGCAAGGACGCCACGACACCUGACGUCAACGUCAUCACUUGUCUUGGUGACAGCUGGGCCAUGUGGGAUGCUGAGAGGAUGACGCUCCUUUUCGUUUCGACAUCCCUCCAAGCGCCCAUCACUUCGCUCGUCAUUUCGCUCAGCCCAGAUGCCGUUCUCGCCGCAGCAGGGACCAAGGUGUAUCGCUUCAAGCGCGGAAAGGUCGAUGCUGUCUAUGAUACAGUAGACCGUAUCAUGGCACGAUUCAACAAGCCAAACGGACGACAGACUGACUCCGAUGACGAGGACGAGGAAAGCUCAGACUCGGACUUGGACUCGGUUUCGGACGCAGACAUCACUGUGGCCGACUCGCAAGAUGGCGAGGGCACUCAGCUGUCCUCCUUGAUCGUCUUCGGCGACACGAUCGCAGCAAUCUCUUCCGACGGCCGCAGCGUCUUCACAUGGUCCAUCGCAAGCACCGAACUCAUCAGGCGCAUCGAUUUGCCCAACGACUUUGUUGCCAGCUCGCUCCUUCAUCCUGCCACCUACCUCAACAAGAUCUUGAUCGGCUCGACCGACGGCCAGCUGGCGCUCUGGAACAUCCGAACAGGCUCGCUUGUCCACGCUUACGAAGCAGAGCAGCUUCGAGGUGCUGCUGCGGGACCCAGCUCUGGCGCCUCCACCGCUGCCAUCGUCAACCUCACCCAAUCUCCCGCUGUCGACGUGGUCGCGGUUGGCUUCGCUGACGGACACGUUCUCUUGCACGACAUACGCCUGGACGAGAGUCUCUUCUCGAUCCAUGCAUCUGGUGGCCUUUCCUCUGGGUCGAUCUCCUUCCGCUCCGACGGCAAGCAGCACUCGGUAGCCAUCGCCACCAACUCGGGCAACAUCAGCAUCUUCGACCUCGAGCCCGCUUCUGGUUCGGGACCUAGCUCUGCUAACAACGGCCCCAGACUGACGUACUCGAUCCAGGACGCCCACGACGGCGGUGUAGGCAGCAUCGAGUUCGUGCCAGGCCAGCCCCUGCUCAUCUCGUCCGGUGGCGACAACAGCUGCAAGCAGUGGUUCUUCGAAUCCGCCUCCAUGCCUCCGCGUCUCCUCAAGGGCCGAUCGGGUCAUCACCAACCGCCUCACCUUAUCCGCUACUACGGCGAAGAAGGCAAAGAGAUCCUCUCUGCCGGCCGCGAUCGUUCCAUCCGCAGCAUCUCGGUGGUUCGAGACUCGCGUUCGCACGAGCUGAGCCAAGGUGAACUGCAGAAGAGGAGCAAUCAGCUUUCGGUGUCGGUCUCGUCGCUCAAGUUGCCCGCCGCCAGCUCGCUGUCGUUCAGCUUGACGCGCAGUCGCGACUGGGACGACGUGCUGACGACCCACCAGGGUCGGCAGUUUGCCAACACAUGGACGGUGAGGGACAAGCGGAUGGGCAAGAAGCCGCUCUCCGCCUCGGCCGACAAAAAGAUCAUCGCCGAGGCCAGGACGGGCUGUGUCAGUGCGUGCGGCAACUUUGCCCUCGUAGGCAACUCGGAGGGUUUGGUCGAGGCUUACAACAUGCAGUCUUACGUGCAUCGUAGGACGUACGAUACUCGUCCUGUCGACCCGAUGGGGCCGACUAAGGCAAAAGAGUUCCCGGCCGGAUCUAAGAAAGCGCAGGCGGCGCUCCAUGCCCGCGUCAAAGGCUCAGCGGUGACCGGCAUCGCCACGGAUGCGCUCAACCGAUUCGUAAUCAUCAGCACCAUGGACGGCAAGCUCUCGUGGUAUGACUUUACCUCGACCGACUUGCUCCACCGCACCACCAUCUCUGCUUCUGGUAUCUCGUCGAUUCAGCUCCACCGCGAUUCGAAUUUGCUCCUCGUUGUCUCUGACGACCUGGUGCUUCGGCUUGUGGACAUCGAGACGCGCCGCGUGGUGCGAGAAUUUGUCGGGUUCCGCGGUCGCAUCCUCGAUGCCUGCUUCAGCAACGACGCGCGAUGGAUCGUCGCCACGUCGAUGGAUGCUGUCAUCCGCACGUUCGACAUCCCCUCAUCUCGUCUCAUCGACGCCUUCAAGGUGGCCAGCAUCGCUACGUCCGUCACCUUCUCCCCGACAGGCGACUUCCUGGCCACCGCGCACGUCGACAGUGUGGGCAUCUAUCUGUGGGCCAACAAAGCCCAAUUCUCACCUGUCGCCCUGCAGGGUCUGGACGAGCUGGCCGAGGUGGUGGAAGAAGAUGAGGACGCAACAGCUGUAGCGCUGCCGACGGUGCAGGGCGACAUUGAAGAUGCGGCGCUGGCCGAGUUCUCCGAGUCGAUGCUUUCGGUGGGCGAGCCCGAGCUGCAACGUGUCUACACCUCACCGCCGCAGCUGGUGGAUUCGAGUCAGGGAGAGGGCGGGCUGGUGACGCUGUCGACCAUGCCCCGUGCUCGCUGGAUGACCCUCAUCAACCUCGACACGAUCAAGUUGCGCAACAAGCCCAAAUCGGCACCUCAGAAACCGGACGCCAAGCGUGCGCCCUUCUUCCUACCCCAGACGGUGUCUGGUGUCGACUUCAAGUUCGAUCCCACCGCACCGGCCGGUGAAGACGCCGAGGCACCGGAACAGGGCGAACGAUCCACCAUCUUCUCCUCCGGAGGCGUGAGCUUCAAGACCGAGUUCCAAGAGCGACUCGAUGCGGCGGUGGAAAAGGGCGACGUGUCGGGAUUCUUCCUCUACCUCGAAACGCUUUCGACGCCGCAGUUGGAUUUGGAGAUCCGUUCGCUGUCGAACGCAGACGACCUGGUGUCGUUCCUCACCAUGCUGUUGAAGCGUCUCAAGCAGCAUCGCGAUUACGAAGCGGUCCAGGCGUUGUUGGCUACAUUGCUCAAGGUGCAUACCGAUCUCAUGCUGCAGAUUGUCAAUCCGAGCGCUAACGAGGUGGACGGAGAGGAUGAGGAGAUGGAUGACGAGUUUGGAGAGGUGGACGAGGAGGAGGUGAAAAAGCUCAAGAGCGUGAUUCGGAAGUUGAUCCGGGUGCAGGUGGCCGAGAGCAACCGUCUCAAUGGGCUGCUGGACCACUGCUUGGGCACUCUCGCGUUCUUGCGUGGCCUACCGAUGACUUGA